GGCUGACUACAAACGUCAAAUGACAACGUCCUGGAGGACGGAAGGCACUUAAUUUCUCUCAGUACUUUGAGUUUCUAUUCUGAGGACUUAGCUGAACCGCAGCAUCUAGGCUCCAAGAUGAGUGGUGCAGAGUCUGCAGAAGCUUUUGUGGGCAUGCUCAGUCCAACACACCGUCUGCAGGAGGGCGAGAUGAGUAAAAAGCUCCAAGAUCAAUGUUUCAGAAUUGUUUCUGUCAAGUCUCCGGCUAAGCUUUACUGCUGCUAUGCAGUGAUCGCGGUCCUCACUGUAGCUGUCAUUGUACUUUCUGUUGCUCUGUCGUUGUCAGGAAGAAGCCCAGAACAGACCUCAACCAAAAGUACUUAUUGCCCGACAAAAUGGAUUGGAUUUGGUGAUAGAUGUUUUUAUUUUUCUGAAAACACAAAUAACUGGACAUUCAGUCAAACCUUCUGCAAAGUACAGGAGGCUCAACUAGCUAAAUUUGACAGCUUGGAGGAGCUGAAUUUCCUGAAGAGAUACAAAGGGACUUUUGACCACUGGAUCGGCCUGCACAGAGAGUCACCAGAACACCCUUGGAUGUGGACAGACAACACUGAGUAUAACAGCUCGGUGAGUGAAGCAAUCCGAGGAAUGGAAAAAUAUGCCUACCUGAAUAACAAUGGGAUCAGCAGUGCCAGGGUCCAUGCUGACAGGAGAUGGAUCUGUAGCAAGCCCAGCAACUAUGUACUUAAAUGCCAAAUUCCUUUUUCUUCUUUCUAGCCUUUGCUAAGAAAUGCAUUGCAAUCUGCUAUCUACAGUUGCUACUCUAUCCCUUGUCUUCCAUCAAUAUUUGUGUUGACAUCACAAAUGAAAACCAUCUUGGAGAACUGCACAAACAGGGUUUAGAGGAAAAUAGACAUAUACUAUUGAGCCCUAACAUCAAAGUAUUAAAAUCUUCACAGAGUAGCUACACUGUACUGAUGAGUCCCAAAAAGGACGAAAUAGCAGAUUUAUUUCACAUCAAAUUGCAGUUAGUUAAGUUUCUCAAAAAUUCAAUACUUAAUCUAUCAGUAGUAUAUAUACUAUUGAGCCCUAACAUCAAAGUAUUAAAAUCUUCACAGAGUAGCUACACUGUACUGAUGAGUCCCAAAAAGGACGAAAUAGCAGAUUUAUUUCACAUCAAAUUGCAGUUAGUUAAGUUUCUCAAAAAUUCAAUACUUAAUCUAUCAGUAGUAUAUAUACUAUUGAGCCCCAAAAUCAAAGUAUUUAAAAUCUUCAUAGAGUAGCUACACUGUACAGAUGAGUCCCAAAAAGGAUGAAAUAGCAGAUUUAUUUCACAUCAAAUUGCAGUUAGUUAAGUUUCUCAAACAUUCAAUACUUAAUCUAUCAGUAGUAUAUAUACUAUUGAGCCCCAAAAUCAAAGUAUUUAAAAUCUUCAUAGAGUAGCUACACUGUACAGAUGAGUCCCAAAAAGGAUGAAAUAGCAGAUUUAUUUCACAUCAAAUUGCAGUUAGUUAAGUUUCUCAAACAUUCAAUACUUAAUCUAUCAGUAAUAUAUAUACUAUUGAGCCCCAAAAUCAAAGUAUUUAAAAUCUUCAUAGAGUAGCUACACUGUACAGAUGAGUCCCAAAAAGGAUGAAAUAGCAGAUUUAUUUCACAUCAAACUGCAGUUAGUUAAGUUUCUCAAACAUUCAAUACUUAAUCUAUCAAUAGUAUACUAUUGAGCCCUAAAAUCAAAAUAUUUAAAAUCUCCAUAGGGUAGCUAUACUGUACUGAUGAGUCCCAAAAGGACGAAAUAGCAGAUUGCAAGCAUCUUUUGGCCUCUUCCCUCUCCCUCUUGUUCUAUUAAAAAAUAUUUUUAUAUUUA